UAUUUCAAAAGAAGUUUCAGGUCUUUGUUAAGCGUGAGGUGUGAGGAGGAAGCGGAGGAAGGCAUCAUAGAGGAGCAGCCAGAGAUAUGAGUGUCUUGGACCAAUUGGCUACAGCCGAUCCUCUCCUGGCCAGAUUCAUUGAGGGAGAAACACAGAAACAGCGCUUUCAGGUCCUUGUUCAUGAAUUGACUGAGAAGUGCUGGGACAAGUGUAUGGAUCGCCCAUCAACACGUCUCGAGUCCCGCACAGAGAGCUGCAUCACUAAUUGCGUAGAACGUUUCAUUGAUGCAAAUAAUUUUGUUGCCAACCGCUUGCAGAAAGUUGCAACUACUUCAGGACUUAUGUAAUGCUUAUACAGGAUUUAAAGCACAGAAUUAAGUUUA